UCCUAGAUCUUUGGAAGAGCAUUCCGUGCUCGAUCCAUGGCGCAUUCUUUUCGGAGAGAGCGAUUUCUAGGUAGAGGAGGAGCUAGGGUUUUGGGGAUAUUCAACGGGAGAGUUCCUUAACUGUAACCGACAGGAAUGUUCUAAACUGUCAACGGCGUCCGUUUCAGGUGUCCGAGACUCGUUGCGUGGAUUAGGGCUCGCUGCUUUCUCGUCCAUCGCUGCUUGUGCCGCUGCUCAGCUGGAUGGCUCAGAGAAUUCUUGGAAAGCCCAACCCCAACAUCCGGUUUCGCUGCUCCUGGAAGACAGUUAUCUACGAAGUUUUGAAGGCCCGGCAGUGGAGCGAGACGGACAGUGAGCUAGAUUGGGAUUUUUUCUGGUCCGAUGUGAGCUGGUUGCACGAGUUUUUCGACCAUAUCCAUCUCGCAGACCACCAGAGGAUCAAUCACUUUAGAAACUACUACGAGCUGACACGGAAAGAUUUGCUCAUCAAGAACUUGAAGCGCAUGAAGAAAACACUUGAGAAAGACAGUCGAUCGGCGGAAGCUGCAAAGUACGAUUUUUUUCCACCCACAUACGCCUUGCCCGCAGAAUACGGUCUCUUUGUGGAGCAGUUCAAGCGAAAUGCGGGAGUCUGGAUAAUGAAACCCGUUGGAAAAGCACAAGGAAGAGGUAUCUUUUUGUUCCACAAGCUCGGGCAGAUCAGUGAAUGGAAGAAGGAUCAUCGAUGGAAAGUUGAUAAUCCACAGGUGGAAAGCUACAUUGUUCAACGAUACAUCAACAAUCCUUACCUGGUCGGCGGCAAAAAAUUUGAUCUUCGGAUCUACGUUUUGGUCAUGGCAUAUACACCACUGAAGGCCUACCUAUACAGAUCAGGUUUUGCGAGAUUCACAAACACGCGUUUCAGCAUGAAGAAAGAAGAUAUCUUGAACAACUACGUCCAUCUCACGAAUUUUGCUAUACAGAAGACGGCCCCAACUUACGAUUCAAAGAAUGGAACAAAAUGGCCACUACAGAGUUUGAAGAUACACAUGAUCACCAAGCAUGGAGAGAAGGCCGUGAACGAGCUCUUCCACAACAUCCAGAUGAUAAUCAUCCGGUCACUUAUAGCGGUGCAAAACGUAAUCAUCCAGGACAAGCACUGCUUCGAGCUCUAUGGAUACGACAUUCUCGUGGACGAGUCUCUCAAGCCGUGGUUGCUCGAAGUAAAUGCAUCUCCGAGCCUGGCUGCUGAUACUCCAUCCGACUACGACCUCAAGUUUGGAAUGCUGGACGACUUGCUUUCCAUUGUAGACAUGGAGCGACGUCUACCAGCGCAAAGCUCUCCGAAAAGAGUUGGAGGCUUUGAUUUGCUGAUCGAUCAAGGAGCAGCGGAUGCCAAGCCUUCUCCCGCAAUCCUUGGCUGUCACAACGAUCGAGUUCAGCAGCUAAAGAAGCUGUUUGGUCCCUUGGCUCGAGCAGCUCGUCACGCUGCCGCCCCUACGCACGACUAGAAAGUCUACGAUCAAAGAAAAGAAGCUCUUUUAUAUUCCAUAUCUGUUCUAACACGUGGAAUACAUAGAAAGGGUUCGUCUA